AUGGCGUACCCUCAGCGGCAGCCGGCGCGCGGCGCGUACAUGCCGCCUCAACAACAAUACAAGCCACAACACUUCCAGGCCCCGAUGCGCGGACCGAUGCCGCCUCAAAUGCAAGCCCAGAUGCAGGCACAAAUGCACGCGCCCGCACAGGUGCAGUAUCGCCAGCCACAGGCGUAUCGCACGCCGGGAUACCCACCAGGCAAGCUAGGUUUCUUUCUUCCCCCCCCAGGCCAGGAGACGACAGACCCAACAAUAUCAACUAAGCUGGCCAAGUACUCGACCUAUCCCUCGCGCCUGCGGACGGGUGCGACAUCGCUCGUGCAGCCUGAUCGCGUGACGGGAGGGCCGCGCGAGCGCGAGGCUUACUUGGCCCAGCUGGAUGCCGAGUUUGCCGUCGCACGCAGCUCGGGCGCAUCCACACCGCGCGUGGACAGUCCGGUGCCCGGGCGCUUGAGUCGCACCACGACCACGACGUUCAGCGGGCGGCGCGCGGGCCGCGUCAACUAUGCCGAGGCGGAGGAGAGUGACGAGGACGAGGACAGCGAGGACAGCGAUAUCGAGGAGGCAGCCAGCGACCCAGAUGACGACAACUACGGCGAGCGCCGGCGCAAACGCGACAAGGAUGCGGAGAAGCUCGCGCAUAGCUUCAGAGUGAGGAAGAAGGCCGCUGAGGCUGAGCCGGGCUGGUCGUGGCUUGGCGACCGCGUGCCCAGCGAGCGCGUCAAGAGCGUGCCGGUGCACGGGCUAACGGCACACAAGUUUAUGCCGGAAGAGGCGUUGACUGCCGAGGCAGACCGUCCCGAACUGCUUGUGCCGAUCUCGUUGGACAUCGAGGUGCCCGCUACAGACCACGAUGAAGGGAUCAAGAUCAAGGACCGGUUCAUGUGGAACGCGAACGAGCCGUUCCUCCAGCCCGGGGAGUUCGCCAAGAUCUUCUGCCGCGACGUGGGCAUCUCCGAGUCUCACGCGACUACGAUCGCGGACCUGAUCAGCAGCCAGGUCGAGGAGGCACAGGCGACCGUGGUGAUUGAUGUUGCGACGCCCGACGUGACACCUGACGACGUGACCUGGUCUGACGACGAGGCGAUGGACGAGGACCAGCUCCCCGAGCCCGACUGCCGCAUCGUCAUCAACCUCGACGUCCAGAUCUUCACACACGUCCUCCGCGACCGUAUCGAGUGGGACCUCUCGUCGCCUCUCCCUCCCAGCGAAUUUGCACGCCACUACUGCGCUGAGCUCGGCCUGACGGGCGAGGCUGUGCCACUGGUCACGCACGCGAUUCACGAGGAGUUGCUCAAGCACAAGCGCGACGCGCUCGAACUCGAGCUCUUCGCCCGCACCCAUCCCUUGGAGCAGGCCAAGUGGGAGAAGACCUCAAAUGCCCCCAAGACCAAUUUCCGGCACGGUGCGCGUGCUCUCGUCGGCGUGUGGCGCGACUGGUGGGAGCGCGACGAGUUCUCGCCAGUGCUAAUAGAGCUCACAGCCGAGGAUAUGGCACAGCGUGAGAGCGAGAGAUCGCGGGAUGCCCGCAGUCGCAUGCGCGCACUUACGUCCAAGCGGGGCGCGGCGCGCAUACGAUACUACUAA